AUGCGCUUCUUGGAUUCCCUGAGGGCGAUGGCAGCAUUUGAUUUGGUGCUGGUCUUUUGGCCGGAGCAUGCUUCCCAGAUCUCCGUUUGGGUGGAGCCCAUUUCGGUGGGCGAUGCAGCCCGCCUCGUCAUGGGGAAAGCGACCACCGGGGAUGAUGCAGCACUCGCGGGCGCUCUGGACCACAUUCCCAGUGGCGUGGAUCAUGUCUUUGUGCUUUGGAAGACCAACAAAGGGCAUCUCUUUGUAUCAGAACGUCUGCAUGAUGGACGCGUCCUGGUGGAAGACCUGCAGCGUGGCACCGUGCUGCCCUUUGCGCACGGGAAGCAGCUGCCCAUGGAGGACCUUCAUCGUUUUGGAGCGGGAACUGCAGAACCAGGUCACGGCACUGGCCCCUCGGCUGCCUCUGUUUCGAACACCGAAGAGCUGGCGGCCAUCAAGGUGCCCUCUGUUGCAGCUAAAGCGAUCUCUGGUGGCAAGGCAGAACUCUUUUCGGAGCACGCCUUGAAAGAUGGGCCCAGCGUGGCCAGCUUUCAGGAAUUGGCCAGGGCCAAGUCGAUGGCAGGGUACGACUUGAUGCAAGCGAAUUGCCAGCACUACGCGCAAGACUUCUGGAAGUUUGCCGUGGGACAUCGCCUGGGCAUGCCAAAUCAGGAGUUUCUGAACCUCUUCAAG